AAUAAUUAUCAUCAAUUACAAAUUCAAUUAGCAGAAUUAAGUAGCAAAAGUGAUUUGAACAGUUUAGAUAAUUUUGAAAUUUUACCUAGUAAAGAUGAAAAAACUGAAGAAACUAUUAUAAAUACUAUUUUUCAAAGACAUUUUCAACAAUUACACAUAUCUACUUUAAAUACUAUUUCUAUACCUAAAUUGAAUUUUUAG